AUGUCACGAGCCCAAGAAAUCGCAUCGGCCUUACUCGCCACGACGGAAAAGGACAUUGUGCCGUUGACGGCGCAGCAAGUGUCGCAGGGCUCCAAGCUCUUCGGGGCCGCGGUGCUGGACCGCGCCUCUCUGACCACGGUCAAGGCGGCGACCAACAACGAGCGCGAGUCGCCCCUCCUGCACGGCGAGAUCAACUGCAUCCAGGAGUUCUUCAAGUUGCCGCGCGACGGCCGGCCCGAGACCAAGGACUGCAUCUUCUUCGCGACGCACGAGCCGUGUUCGCUGUGCCUGAGCGGCAUUACCUGGUCCGGCUUCAACGAGGUCUAUUACAUGUUUACCUACGAGGACAGCCGAGAUCUGUUUGCCAUCCCGUAUGACAUCGACAUUCUCAAAUCCGUCUAUCAGGUCCCUUCGCCGGGAGACACGGAGGACACACUGGCCGCGAAGCCGCUGUACAACCGCACCAACAAGUUCUUCACCGCCCGGUCUCUGGCCGACCUGAUCGACUCGGUCGAGGACGACGCGGCCAAGGAGAAACUGAAGGGCGAGCUGCAGCGCGCGAAGAAAAUGUAUGAUGAGCUAAGUGCCGCCUAUCAGGAAGGGAAGAAGACUGGCCAGACGACGAGCAGCGUGUUUCGGUGA